UCAACUACAGUUUCCACUUCCCACACUCUCUCAGUCUCUCACCCACUCCACCGACACCAAUGUCUUCUCCGGCGACACUCCCCGUCACCAACCAGCAAGCCACUCAACCCCAACCCCACGCCUUCCGCACAUUCCUCUCACGUCUCUCCACCUCCCUCCGCGACAGCCUCUCCCAACGCCGCCCGUGGAUAGAACUCAUAGAUCGAAACUCCUUCGCCAGACCCGACUCUCUCGCCGACUCCUUCUCCCGGAUCCGCAAGAACCUCUCCUACUUCAAAGUCAACUACUCCGCGAUCAUCUCCCUCGUCCUCGCCUUCUCCCUCCUCUCCCACCCUUUCUCUCUCCUCGUCCUCCUCUCCCUCCUCGCCGCGUGGAUGUUCCUCUACCUCUUCCGCUCCUCCGACCGGCCUCUGGUUCUCUUCGGGCGCGGCUUCUCGGACCGCGAGACGCUGCUCGGUCUCGUCCUGACGACGGUCGUGGUCGUGUUUAUGACGAGCGUCGGGUCUUUGUUGACCUCGGCGUUGACUGUCGGUGUGGCGAUCGUUUGCUUGCACGGCGCGUUUAGGGUUCCUGAUGAUCUGUUCUUGGACGAGCAGGAGCCUGCUGCUAAUGCUGGGUUGCUCUCCUUCAUUGGUAACUCUGCUGCUGCUUCCGUUGUCGCGGGACGAGUUUGAGUUCGUUCGUAGUGGUGAAACUCUGUUUCUUGGUUUAGGGUUUUGUGUGUAGAUUCGGUCUAAAAGAUGCAGCCUUUACACGUUGUAAGAUCACUAAGAUCACGUUACCUUAAAUCAAUUGGAUACUCUGUUUCUGUUGCCUUCAUUUGAGAUCUAAAGAUGCAACCUUUACUAUUUUUCGGACAUUGUAAGAUCACAUUACUUUAAAUCAAUUGGAUACUCUGUUGUUGUUGCCUUCAUUUAAUAUUGUUCCCACAUUGUAAGAUCACAUUACCUUGAAUCAGUUUGAUACUCUGUUUUUGUUGCCAUCA